AUGGGCCAAAGCAGCGGUGCGAACAAUGAUCCGGCGCCUCGGCCUCGUCGUGCCCGCGUAGAGAGGGGCAAACGGUCUCGAAAUGGAUGCUCUACAUGUGUGAGCAAAAAGGUCAAGUGCGACGAGAUUCGGCCUCAAUGUGCGAGAUGCGUUCGGCUUCACCUGGUGUGCGGGUGGCCUGCACCGAAACCCUCGCUAGCUUCAAGACGGCGCGGCUAUGGCCCUAUUAAAACCCGUGACUCAGGCCUCUGGACGCCGUCCUCUAUUAUACCAAGGGAGGACGAUUGUGCGUCAGUAAGCCAGACGGGCGGCUUUCUGACACCGGUCACUCAGACCGGUCUGACCUCUCCAAACGCGGAAGGCAUGGCUCAGUCGGGAGAUUCUCCGACUGGCAGCUCUGGCCAUAGUAUGCCCGCCGUGGACGAUUCUGUAUAUGAGCCGCCGUACGAUGAUACCUUGCAAUGGGCAUUAGCGGCAGCAGGUAGCAGUUUAGCAGAAACUCCAUUGUCGAUGGCCGAAACACCGGGCAAUGACGAAGAGCGUGUUGAUAACCCAUUGAAUGCGAAUGCCUUUGAACUGCUGAACGCUCCCAUGAUGAGCCCCCUACUAACUGCUACCAAUCUAUCGUUCGCACAUGCCACUGGCGCAAGCCGUGCCCUGGGUAGUGACGACAAGCAAGCUGUCAUGUUCCAUUGCAAGGUCCUUGCUCCCUCGAAAUCCACGCGAAAUUGGAGCUGCUCUGCGCACACGCUAUUUCUUAACAAGGCCUAUAAUAGGAGUAUGGCCCUUCAUUUUCUUCUUGCUGUUGCCCACAGCGAGUUGGCUAUUUAUUAUGGCCAGGGACCUCAAGCUCCCCAAGAAUCUCGAGAGCACUUCGAUCGAGGAUCACAAAUGUUCCUGCAAGCGCGUAACCCUUUCGCUUCUCCGGAUCAUAUCAGUAUGAUGCUCUCAUAUUUGUACAUGUAUAUGUUCUGGAUGCGACGUGACCAUCUCGAUCCCUUCAAACUCCAAGACCUGAGCAGGGCUGUUCUUGUUCAUAUCCGAACGUAUGGAUUAGAUACGCUCUGUGCUAGCGAUGAUGUUCUAUCUCUCGAAAGUACUAGUGCCGGGGUGAUUACCGUAUCCGAGCAGGUUAUGCUGGCUAGGAUUAUCACGUACCUAUAUGAUCGAGACGGCUUCUGCUGCUUUUUCGGCUGUGGCGGGCAAAUCGCGGACUACAUGAACAGCGUCCCUCAGAAACGUCAGAGGAUCUGGCUACGCUCGCGUGCUGCUUUCUUCCUCCCUUUGAGCGAGGUUGGUUAUCACGAGGCAAGCUCGGAGAUGGAAGAUGCGGCAAUUCUCGAUGUAUACUUUGAGCUUAUCAUUUUACAUCACGAUAUCAACGUAUACAGUCAAGCUUCCGCGGCGCAGGCAAUGACCAUGAAACAGAACCUUCAGCGGCGGUUAGAAACUAUCCACAAGUAUCAAGCCGCAUUAUUUCAUCAAGUGGCAGACCAAGCGCAUGGCCCGCAGCGUACACUCAUGACCUAUGUCGCAGCUGCCGUCUUUUAUGCUUUGCAAAUCUAUUUUUACCGUGCUCGCGAGUCUUCAUUUGGAAGUAGGCCUAUAUCUAUUGAACUCCAAAAUGCUCUCAACUCACUUGUGUCGGCUGCAUACCAUGCUACGAAAGCUGGACAAGUGCAGUUGCUUGAGCGUUUUCAAUGGUCUCUCUUCAUUGCUGGGCUGGAGAUUACCGAUCCGGUCCAUCGGGAGUGGGUUGGAAACAACUUGACUGACCCUGCAAUCAGGGAGGCACUCGACUGUAUUCUACGCAUCAAACAACAAUCUUCAGGUGGCAUUACUAUGCAGAAGAUCCGAUCACUGAUUGACAAAGGUUCUCCAAUGCCAUAA